AUGCGCGAAGGAGGGCGCGGAGGACGAGGACGCGGAGAGGCGUCGCGUCAAUCGCGUCGUACGGCGGGGCUGCCGCCCGAGGAGCAACCGAGCCUGGAAGAGGUUCAACGCAAUGCUCGGAGGGUUAACACUGAAAAGCGGAAGGCGGCCCUGGCCGGAGAUGGGUCUUCGAACCAAGUCCAGCCGGCACCCGAGCCGGCCGUCCCAGAUGACGCGCACCAAGUGUCGAAGGACGGCGAGCCCGAACGUGCUGACGCGGACGAGGAGUCGAAGACCGCUAAGGGGGAUCCCGGCCAGGGUGAACCCAACCAGGCGUCUGAGGGAGGCGCCGACGUGGAUGAGCCCCAGGCGGAGGGUCGAGUUUCGGACUCCUCUCUGCCUGGCCAAGAUAUGCAGCCGGACGCGCAAGUGUCCGCCGAACCCAAGCCGACGCCGUCUGCCGAGGAGGAGAAGCCGGCCGCAGUUCCUGUGAAGGCGGUGACCCCGGCCGCUGAUGCCCAACCGGAGACCCAGCCGGGGUAA